AUGGAGAAUUUCAAAAAUAAAUGCAAAAAAAAAAUACCAAAAUGUGAAAGUAACCAAAAUGAAAUAACUGACACAAUUCAACUUUAUCGAAAUAAACUUGUCCAACCUAACUAUAUAAAACUAUUAAUUAUUCCUGAUGAAAAUUUAUUAAAUUUUGUAGAAAAUUUCAUUGAAUUAAUAUUUAAUGAAUAUUCCUAUAUAAAUACAAUUAACAAAAUGAAAAUAAAAAAAAAAUGUAUUAUUAUAAAUAUAUUAGAAGCUCAAAAAAAGUUUUAUGAGUCUAAUAUGACUGAAAACCCCAUUUUUAAUUAUAACAUAUCUGAUGAGAAAGUAGAUAAUAUAUUUAAUAUGUGUAAUGGAGAAAAAAUAGAUUUUAAUUUAUUUCAUGAAGCAAGAAGAAUAAUACAAAUAGUCAAAGAUAAAUACACAACUUAUGAUAAUUAUGAAAAUUAUAUUUUUGGUAAUGAUUUAGUCACAAAAGAAGAAUUUAAAAAUUAUAUAUUUAAAUAUUUACAAGAUAAUAAUGUUAAGAAUAAAGUUAAAGUUGAGUUCAAAGAAAAUUUAAUAUCAGCAAUACAAAUUUUUAAAAAAGACAAUAAAUACAUUUUACAAUUGCAAUGCCAAAAUAUUAAAAAAAAGAUGAUGUAUUUUUUGUGUAACCAUGAAAUAGCUACACAUUUAUUAAGAAUGAUAAAUCAUGACAAUAACAAUUUAAUCCAAUGGAAUAUAAAUCCAUGUCAUGUUACUGAAGAAGGUUUAGCUGUUAUUAAUUCUAUGUAUUCAUUAAAACAAAAAAAUAAUUUUUUAAUAUAUCCUGCUUUAAAAUACUUAACUGUCUGUUUAGGAAAAUUUUAUAACUUUUCGAAACUUUAUAUAUUUUUAAAUAAUAUUAUAAAAGACACAGAUAAAUGUUUUAAAAUUUGUGCCCGUGCUAAAAGAGGAUUAAGAGACACAUCUUUCCCUGGUAGUGUAUAUCAUGAUCAAUUAUAUUUUAUUGGCUCUUAUAGUAUAUUAAAAUGGUAUAAAAAUAUAGAUUUUCAGUUAUUAUAUUCUGGAAACAUUGGUCUAAAAUCUUUAGCCAAUAUUUCAAAAUAUGUUAAUGUAAAAAAUAAUAUGCUACCGAAAUUUUUAUCAAACCAAACAGAAUUAAAUGCUUAUUUAGAAUUUUUGGAGAAUUUAUCUUGCAUAAACGGGAUAACACCUGAAACAUGCAAUUUUAUCACGAUUGAAAAAAAUAAUUAA